UCUGCACCAGUUUUGCUGUCCAGCUCCAUUGUACCAUACUCUACUAACUCUCCCUGCCACACACUCAGAGUACAGCAGCACCUGUGAAAGCAAAACUAUAUUGCAAAGGACGUUAUAGUGUCAAAGAAAUACCAUCAUUUUCUUGUACUACCAUUCUGCAUAAAAAAAAACUUUCAGCACCUCUAUGAGGACUUCAUUGGAAACAAGAAAGAACCUUUCAACUGAUCCACGCAGUGUUGAGGGUGAAGCACCUGGAAGUGAAACUGGCACAUCCCUGGAUAGUUCAUCUGCUUAUCAUCAAGGAACUAUAACUCACAGUUCAGCUCUAAGUCCAGAUCAUUAUGACCAUUCUCCAUAUGGUCUAUAUUCUGUCUCCCCUGGACACCAAAGGCCCCGGAGGCCAAAGCUUCAGCACUCAACGUCAAUAUUAAGAAAACAAGCAGAAGAAGAAGCUAUUAAAAGGUCACGGUCCCUCUCAGAAAGCUAUGAACUCUCAUCGGACUUGCAGGAUAAACAGGUUGAAAUGCUAGAACGAAAAUAUGGAGGCCGUCUCAUAACUAGACAUGCUGCUCGUACUAUACAGACUGCUUUCCGCCAGUAUCAGAUGAACAAAAACUUUGAGCGGCUUAGAAGUUCUAUGUCUGAAAAUCGUAUGUCAAGGCGCAUUGUACUAUCCAAUAUGAGAAUGCAGUUUUCAUUUGAAGGACCUGAGAAAGUUCACAGUUCCUACUUUGAGGGGAAGCAAGUUUCUGUUACAAAUGAUGGUUCAAAAUUAGGAGCCCUUGUCCAGUCUGGAUGUAAUGAUCUUGCUGAAUCGGCUACAAUGAAAUCUCCAGCAGCUUCCACGGACUUUGCUGAUGCCAUAACAGAAUUAGAGGAUGCUUUUUCAAGACAAGUAAAAUCUCUUGCAGAGUCCAUUGAUGAUGCAUUAAACUGUCGUAGUUUACAUUCUGAUGAGGUACAGAUACCUGACCAAGUCAGAAGUCGUGAAAUAGAAAGAGAUAGCUGUGGUCCAUCUAAAUCAACGAGCCAUAAUGUUGAUCAUAGGAAACUUGAUGAAAUGACUGCUUCCUACAGUGAUGUUACAUUAUAUAUCGAUGAGGAAGAAUUAUCCCCACCACUUCCCCUUUCUCAUCCUAUAGAAAGACCAUCGAGCACAGAGUCUGACUUGAGACUUAGAUCAAUAAACCCUUCUCAAGAAUACUGGUCUAUGACACAUAAAGACCAUAAAAUAGACACCGACACAAGUUGUAGGAGUACCCCUUCAUUGGAAUCCCAAGAACAGAGAAUGAGGAUGGAUCAUCUUCCUUUGCUAACCAUAGAACCACCAAGUGACAGUUCAGUCGAUUUAAGUGACCGUUCUGAAAGAGGAUCACUGAAGAGGCAAAAUGCAUAUGAUCGGGGAAUUAGUAGUCAGCAAGGUAGCCCAAAACACAUAUCACAUGGCCUCCCUAGCAAAGUAAUAUCCCGAGAAGAUCCAGAAACUAGGCAUAGACCAAGGCCUAUUGACAGCCACUUGGCUAUUAACGGUACAGCAAACAGGCAAAGCAAAUCUGAAUCUGAUUAUUCUGAUGGAGAUAAUGAUAGCAUCAACAGCACUUCCAAUUCUAACGACACAAUAAACUGCAGUUCAGAAUCAUCCUCUCGAGACAGCUUACGGGAACAAACUUUGAGCAAGCAAACAUACCACAAAGAAACUCGUAAUAGUUGGGAUUCGCCUGCCUUCAGUAAUGAUAUAAUCAGGAAACGUCAUUAUAGAAUUGGACUGAACCUUUUUAAUAAAAAACCAGAAAAAGGAAUCCAGUAUCUGAUCGACAGAGGUUUUGUGCCAGAUACACCUGUUGGAGUUGCCCAUUUCCUUUUACAGAGAAAAGGUCUCAGCAGACAAAUGAUCGGAGAGUUCCUGGGAAAUCGACAAAAGCAAUUUAACAGGGAUGUUUUAGACUGUGUUGUAGAUGAGAUGGACUUCUCAGCUAUGGAACUGGAUGAAGCUCUCAGGAAAUUUCAAGCUCAUAUCCGUGUCCAAGGAGAAGCUCAGAAAGUAGAACGACUCAUUGAAGCUUUUAGCCAGAGAUACUGCAUCUGCAAUCCAGGGGUUGUAAGGCAGUUCAGAAAUCCUGACACCAUCUUCAUUCUUGCCUUUGCGAUAAUAUUAUUAAACACAGAUAUGUAUAGUCCAAAUGUAAAACCAGAACGUAAAAUGAAGCUCGAAGAUUUUGUCAAAAAUCUAAGAGGCGUUGAUGAUGGUGAAGAUAUUCCACGAGAGAUGCUCAUCGGGAUUUAUGAGAGAAUCCGAAAACGGGAACUCAAGACCAAUGAAGAUCAUGUAUCACAGGUCCAAAAGGUUGAAAAGCUCAUAGUAGGAAAAAAGCCAAUUGGAUCUCUACAUCAUGGGCUUGGUUGUGUUCUGUCUCUCCCACAUCGGCGACUUGUUUGUUACUGUAGGCUUUUUGAAGUCCCAGAUCCAAAUAAACCUCAGAAGCUUGGAUUACACCAGCGAGAAAUAUUUUUAUUUAAUGAUCUCCUUGUGGUCACUAAAAUUUUUCAAAAGAAGAAAAAUUCUGUCACAUAUAGUUUUCGACAGUCCUUUACCCUCUAUGGAAUGCAAGUUCUCCUUUUUGAGAAUCAGUAUUAUCCAAAUGGCAUACGACUGACAUCAGCUGUUCCAGGAGCAGAUAUCAAAGUUUUAAUAAAUUUCAAUGCUCCAAAUCCCCAGGACAGAAAGAAAUUUACAGAUGAUUUGAGGGAAUCUGUUGCAGAAGUACAAGAAAUGGAAAAACACAGAAUAGAGUCUGAAUUAGAAAAGCAGAAAGGUGUAGUGCGACCAAACAUGUCUCAGUGCUCUAGCCUGAAAAAAGAGUCUGGCAAUGGAACGUUGAACCGGGCCUGCCUGGAUGACAGCUAUGCCACGGGGGAAGGCCUCAAAAGGAGCGCUCUUAGCAGCUCCCUUAGAGAUCUUUCUGAAGCCGGCAAGCGUGGGCGUCGCAGCAGUGCAGGAUCGCUAGACAGCAAUAUGGAAGGGUCCAUCAUUAGCAGUCCUCAUAUGCGCCGAAGAGCUACAUCAACCCGAGAGUGUCCAUCUCGCCCUCACCAGACUAUGCCUAAUUCUUCCUCACUACUAGGGUCCUUAUUUGGUAGUAAGCGAGGAAAGCCUUCCCAAGGCCAUUUAGCAUCCGGCCCACCACCUCAGCACCCUCCCAUAAUGUCACACCCUCAGCACUCUCAACAUCCUCCUGCCAUGCACCACCCGGGUCCGGCUGAAGGGCAGACCCAGGCACAAGUGCACAGCCAUCACUCUCAGUACUGCCAUAUGCAGAACCCACCUCCUUAUCACCAUCACCAUCACUAUCAUCCGCCCCAGCACAUCCAGCAUCCGCACCAGUACCAUCAUGGGCCGCACUCGCAGCAUGUAGCUCAUGCCCAGCAUUCAUACCUGCCACAUUCCCACGCCCCAUAUUCCCACGCUCCCCACCCUCCCUUGCCACCUUCUCAUUUGGCACAUCCUUCCCAUGCUUCCCAUCACCAUGCACAGCCAGUAGCCCCUUCUACUUCAGCCAGCACGAAGCCCAAGCAUAGCGGCAUCAGCACAAUAGUCUAGAAGCCAGCCAGCCACCUAGCCACAGCUGUAGCUCUAGGCCUAGAUGUAAAGGCACUUACAGGAAACAGACGCAGCCUAUAAUUCUGGUUAUUUUUUUAAUUUAUUUUAAAAGAUCCGAACCAGAAACAACUUAAUUGACUCCUUUGCCUUAAGGAUUCAAUGGAUCAAUGCAUAUUAACCUCACAGUGCUGGUCUUACAGUUCGGUGGUGACCUUUUCCCUCCUUUUUCUCUAGUAGCCUUGAAAAUAUGCUGCUUGCUGAAAAUGUUAAACUACCUUUUUUCAUCCGCAUGACCAUUUUUAACAAGUAAUGAAAACAUAACUUACUCAAAAUAAAAAGAAAACUAUGAAAUAAAAUUAAUGUGGCAUUCUUGCUCUUUAAUUUACAAUGGGCAAAAAAAGUAGACCUCAUAUGGUUGAUGAAAAUACGUAAGUAAACUCUAUGUAAUAUAAAUAUAUAAAUAUAGAUAUAUAGAUAUAUAUAUAUACAGAAAGAGAGAGAGAGACAGACAGAGAGACAGACACUGUAUAGAUAACAUUUAUGCUUAGAAAAAGCUUUUUCAGUCCACAAAGCUAGCAAUAUAUACUUUUCCAUAAUUUCCCUUACUGAUAAAGGGCAGUAAAAUAGAUGAGUAGCAAAUGGAAGUGUAGACCAAAAAAAGAACAAAUUCCAGGCAUUUCAGUACUCAUUGAAAGUUCUCUGGACUUGAGAAAAUAAAAUCUUUAAGCAAUCUUUGCAAAAUGUGCCAAAUAACAUAGCAUAUAACUGUUGCAAUCAAAUAUGCUUUGUACUCUAUUAGUAUAAUAAUAUACUUAUUCAGUAUUAUAACUGCUCUGCUAUUUCAGGUAAGCAAACUAGUUAAGAUGCAGUAACUAUACAGUAGCAACACGAGACAACCUUUACUAUAGGUUUUCUCUACAUUUUGGUUCCUCCAAUUCUUAGACACUUUAAAGGCUGUGAUAACUGUGAACUUACAUAGUUUACAUUUCUUUUGUGUUUGUGUAUGUUUUAAUAAAUACACAUGAAGAUUUACAUAGAAGGUAUUUAUAUACGCUGCAUGAACAUUCAUCUCAGACCCUGAAAUAACCAACAUCCAUUCUUUUCGGCCGCAUUGCCUCUUUACCAUUUAAUACUCAGUUUUUAUCAAUGAAAACUUCAGACUUUUUUUCCACAUGAAAGCAAUCAGAAACUUGAAAGUUUAUUUUAGUAUUGAGUAUAGAUUUUUAUAACUGUAAUUCCAUGUAGCCAUGUGCUGGCAGCAGGAUUUUUCUCACCAUUUUUCUCAUCACAUUUGUUAGUUUUAUCCAGCACUCAGCAGGCUGAGUCUAUGCUCGAACUGUCAUAGUCCAGUUAGUCCAAGACAUCUUGUAAAAUCCAACUGUGCUGUUGUUGCUUAUGUGUUGUACUGAGUCGUUUGCAAGACCAUAUAUUUCUUUGUAAACCUAAAUCCUAUUUUUUUUAAAAAAAUAAAAUCAUACAUGGAGCAUAC